CUGGGACAUCUUCCUGUUUGAGGAACUUCUUUUCAAGAGUCUUAAAAACAAGUGAAAGUCGUGGUAAUUCCAUUUCCAAUCAUAAUAUUAGUAGACUGGCCCUUCUACCACGUUUUUGUGUUUUUUCACCUGUUUUUUCCGUUUUACGUUCUCGGUUACUACUUACAUCAAUGAAUUACUAAUACUACUUCCACUACUACUCUGUGACGGCUCAGGUAAGAAUAUUAAACUUCAUACAUCCGAAUGCGAAUGCGAAACUACAGGUAAAUAAUACUAGUGGUCUCUCCUCUCAUUGCCUCAAUUUCACAUCGCUCUGGUGCCUAUAACCAUUCUGGCACUCAUCUCACGCUUAAUAACUCGUUAUAAUUAGACUCAGUCACGACACUAACCUUACAUUCAUUACUUUCAAAAGGUCUCCAACCAUGGGCAUCAUCUGCUGCGUUGUGAUUGUAGGCCUCACGGUGCUGGGCCUUGGUGCGAUUGCUGGCAUCACAGUGGGAAUUGUGAUGGCAUGUCGUACCACGACUGCCUCUUCCUCCUCGUCCGCUCUACAACACGUAAGAAGAGGUGAACGCACGACCGCCGCUUCCAGUGCGGAUGAUGUUGAUCAUGUUGGACGUAAUAAUAUUCCGAUGCUCUUUCGUGGUGCCGGCGCCACAAGACCGUCGAGUACAAUCAUGCCGACUAUAAUUAUGAGCGGCACGACCUCUAUGGGGCAAGUGUUGCCGAUGAUGCAGGAACAAGGCGCUGUUGACGGAGCUGACUUACGCAGUCAACUGAUGACAAUUUUUGAAGAAGUGGAGAAUCAGCCUCUCAACCUUCGCAUUGCUUCACUCCUGUCUGACACUUCUGCUGGAGGACGCCGAACAAGGUACCCGGUUCCGGACACGAUGGUAAAAUCAUGGGUGAAGAGAGUAUGUUGACAGGAAAAAGUGUACUCAUUAUACUCAAGACGAAAAGAGGCCGCUGCAGUUUCCUACUUAGGAAGUACCUAUUUUCUUGAGGAUCGAUGAGUAGUACACUUGUUUUUCCUUUCAUAGAAAGUGUCUACGGUUUCUCUUGACGUUCUUAACCAAGCAGUGCGAGAAGAUGGUGGGAACCUCGAUUUUGUCGCAAUCAUCCGUAAAAAUUGCGUCGUGAUGCGUGAUCUGCUUAUUGAUGUUGAAAACCUUCUAAAGCAGGGCUACUCCGACGUAGCACUACAGAAGGCGGGACAAGACUUUCUCACUCAAUUUUUCCAAGAAUUGCAAAGAGAAGGCUACUCUCUCUCUCGCGUGGGCAACAUUCCCGCUGUUCUUCAUAGGGGUCGGCCCAUCCGUUUCCGAGUUGGAGGAUUGACAGCGGAGUCUGUGAAACAACUUCGAACGGACAUUCGCGCGGCGCUUCAAUGAGCGGAACUAUUUCCUAGUCUACCAUGGAUAUUUUCCGACCAUAUGGAUAUGACGUAGUCCUAAAAAAAGCAAAUUUCGAGGUAUGUAUUGAUGUACAACUACUUCUAGGAGAACACUACUACAAUUAUAAGGGUACUAGGUUUUUGGCGUUUCUGUUACCGUUUGUUUUGACUCGUCUAAGGGAAAAGAGCAUAACAAACGGGUGACGGUGACAAAAACACUAUCAAGGCCCUACCUUGAAUACAACAGGAUAACAAUACAGGAGAACAUCACGACUGACUACAGAGGAGAAAUGACUCCGAAGAGAGAGUACUAACCCUGGUUAGAGGUGGUAUUUGUUGAACAGGCGGACCGAGAAGCUUUUGAAGUUGUUGUUGAUCUUGUAGUGCAACGCACUAAUUAAGUUAUAUGUCGCUCAGCGUCAAAAGAUACCUCCAGAACAGGCAAAUGAAUGAAUGAAUGAAUAACGGGGGUAGUUGCACCACAGAAGUCUUUGGCUACUAUCAGAAGUGACAAGGCUACUGAGCACAAGCCUGUUGUUUGCGGCACAGAUCUGAUUUAGGAACAAGGGGAACAAUUGAUCAUAUUAAGACUAUUAAAAGAUUAAUGUAAGUAGUAGGCCUUUGCCUUUCAUCUCCACCUAAAUUGAUUUUUCAUAGUUUUCUUUUUCGUGGUUUUUAAUGUCCUCUACCUAGCUCGAAGUAAUUUUUAAAUGUUCUUUCUCUUUGCACGCGUCUAGACAGUAUUAGGACACAAAAAGCGCUUGUUUGUCUACAACGUCGGCUGCCGUCGUGGUGCUCAAAUAGAAGGUAAUCGUCUGCGUAAUUUUUAGCGUCUGGCCGUUGUGCGUCCUCAGGCUUCUCGACGUAGGGGCGAAAAAAGCGAGAAUGUACUAGUACUAGGCAACAAAAAAACCUUCUGAAAAAAGGACAUGGAUGAAUUUCGUUGAAAGAGAAUAUAUAUUAAAUUAAUAUUGUAGAAUUGAUAAUCCGUCUCCACCACAGGACUUUGGACGUGGAGCACUUAUUAGUAGAAGUAGAUCUUCGCGUGUAGUUUUUGUAUUUAAUCUACUAGCAGGAUGGCGAUAUUUAUUAUAUAAAAGUACCUUGACUGAUUGUUUUGUAGAAGAUCGUUGGAGAUCAUUGAGUUGUACUAUCUGGAACAAGACGAGGAUCUUCUAUCGUGUGAAAUAGUACUAGAAAAACGCAGAAAUUGUUCUAAGACGCGGAUCUGUUAUAAUGCUUUUUCAAUGAACAACGAGCAUCGAUCAGCAUGCUUUUGCAGGUGUAAUGUGCACGCUUGCCGGGAGGAUUAAUGACAUUGUGAGCAUAAGUAUACAGCGGCUGUCUAGCAUUGGUGUAUGCCUACGUUGCAAAGCUGUGCUAAAGACGUACACGAGAUCUUCGAAAAAGAGCGCUACAUAAGACGCGCCUUCACGCACCAAUGGAAAGAAUAUUGGAACGAUCCAUACUCCUGCAGGACGAUGUUGGCGCUUUUCGUCUGUCAGCAACUUGCGUCUCCUGAAGAUCACUGAAUAAAACGAUCCACCCCGCCACUGAAAAUAGACCAAAGUACAAGUAUGGCAAUUAUACAAGAAUACAGCCCUCCCUCAUAUCGCUCCCGAGCGUAGAGGUGCGGCAGUCGCAGCUGCGGGGAGGUCGGUUCCCUGUGGCGGCAACAUGAUGGAUUGAUUGACUAGUGGGCUAGGUCAGCGGGAACGCAGUCGUGCUCGCACAGUCCAGAGUUGGCCCU